CUGGCACUGGUUUCUUGUGCCUGGGGUGGGUAAAGCAGAUACCACAAGUCAAGCUAAUUAAGGGUCAAAACUGGGUCCUGGCAGACUUCAGAUGGCAAAGACACCAGCAUUUGCUGAAGAAUUCUCCCUAUAGUCAGAUAAUUUUCUCCAAAGAUGUCAAGUUCUCAUCUUGGGUCAUCUCUCAUCUCCCUUAAGGCUGGAAGGCUGGAAGGGUCAGAAACUUUUGGAGAAAUAAAGGCAGUGUGACACAUUUCUGCAUAUAGAACUGGCUUUAUUUGUUUCUGGAAUUAAAACCUUCCUGUAGCCAUAGGAAUUAGGAGAGAUCACCAUUAAAGAGCAAUUAAGAUUUCCUCUUCAAAAUUUAAAACCUUUUAAGUAGUUGAGAUAGUGGGAGCCAUUUUAUGGGCAGGAUAAAGUCAAAAUAGCAUGAGGAACAAUCAGAAAAAAAUUGUUCCCUCAGUAGCAAUUAUAAUAACAUUUGUUUUAUUCUCAAGGCUCAACCAGACAGUUUUGUGGUAAGAUUCAAGAGCCUAUAAGGUUUUACUGGCUUGUGGGCAGGCUUAUUUCAGGACAGUUAUACUUAACUCUAGCUUGCUGCCUGGACUCCCUCAACUGGGUUCCAGAUAUCUUUUGUAUAAUGGACCUUAACCUGUCAAAAUAUAAAUGCAGAAUGUAUUGCAAUGACAUGAAGGACUGGUCAAAUUAAAUAUGAAGUUAUUAAUUGGUAAAGUGGAGAAGAGAUAAUAGGAUCUAGGACUUCUGUAAAUCAAGUUUCAUACUAUAUGGGUACAUAAAAAAAACUGAACCACAUUACUCAAGAUAUGCAAUUGUGGAGACUACAUGAUAUUCUAAAGUGUGUAAGUGCUCACCUGAUCCUGACAUUUUUUGGGGUGCCAUUAUAUAAACAUUUUAAGAUAUCUGUAGCUUACUGUGGAAAUUUUAGAAAUCAGUGGUUUCCAUUUGCUAUACGAUACUACCUAGCUUAGAUAAAUCUUCAUUUUAAAAUGAUAAAAAAAACUCCCCCCAGUGUAUUUAUGGGAUGUGUGGGGUUACAGGGUGGUAGUUCCAUAAAGUGCACUGAAUUUCAGGGGCAAAUAAUGAUAGAAACUAAAUGUUACAGUUUGUUCCAUCUUCAUGAUUACAGGCAUUACAGGGCAGGGUGGGUAAAGGAGGCAAAUAAAGUGAACUCUUUUCUCUCCCCAUUUAACCAGAUGCAGCAUUUUGGCACUUUUAUGAUACACAGAUUGACUUAAUUCAUUAACUUAAGUUGAAAGCUGGCAACAGCAAAUCUUUGCAAUUUAGGAUCCUCCUGCAUAGCCACUCCAAGGAUCUUAAUUGCUGAACUACACCAUGAACUCUGAGAUGGUGUUCACAGUGUUCUUGAAGCUUUCACCUCUUAAUAUGAGAUCUGACACCUCUUCUUAAGGUAGGGAACUGUUAAAAGCUGUCUUCCUCUUGGCUAACCCAGUCCAUCAGCAAUCUUAACAGUUAAGUUACUGUAUAAAAAUAAAACUGCUCCCAAGCAUUGAUCGAAACUGUUGUGCUGGGAACCCUUUCCAAAGCAUUAUCUCCGUGAGAGAAAAGAGAGAUCCUAACCAGUUGCUUCCAUGAACAGUAACCCUAGUACAGUGUACAAGUAAUGCCCUUCGAAGCAUAACUCAGGCAACCUUGGUCAUUAUCAGCAUUUACAUACAAGAUAUAUUUAAAACCGAUCCCAGACCAAGUAUUGCAACCAUAAUCCCAUUAUUUAGCAGAUUGAGUUCCUGCUGAUGCCAAAGCCAGAAAUUUCAAAGCAAAGAGUGAUUUUUUUCAUCAUCUUUUACAAAUGAGAGAAAAAUAUCAAGGAGGACAGGAAACUCCUCUCCUAGAUUCAUCAAAUCGAUGCUAUCUUCACAGCUUUAACUGACAGGAUCCAGAGUCCUCAAUUUCCUGAUUUGAGGAGUCCAUUUUCAAGGUGACUGUCAAGGUCAAGAAGAGCUUUCAGGCUUUUCUUUGCCGUGGCCCAUGAACUCCAGUCCUUCAAUAGGAAUCUCCUUCUCCUUUAUUGCUUUCUGAUGGAAGAAAACACAUGAUAAAGGUCCACAUGGAGCCUGAGGACCAAACUUUAUAAAUAUGAUGGUACAAAAGUAAAUCCGACUGGACCAUAAGGACUACCAAACAUGAUUCAAACCCCAUGCUUUUUAACAUAAGUAAGAUUACAAAGAAAUUAACUGUAAAACCAGAGAGAUUGGAAAGAGUUAACAUCAAAAUUCAGAAGUGGAAUUUAAACAGUAUCACCACUCUAUUGUGACAGACACAAGUUCAAAUCAGUCCCAGGACUUACUGGCUAUGUAACUUUGAUCAAGCCUAACUUUCCUAUCUAUAUUGGGUAAAGACAGCAGCUCCACCUGGAAUUACUGAGGAUGUUUUUUAAGUUAACUAAUUGGGAGUGCCUUGCCCAGGGCUGUUAUUACGAUUCAGAUCAGUUUCACAUUCACUGGGCUGGAAUGAAGAUGCUCUGGCUAGUCAAGAGAGAAUAAAAUAGGUCAAUGAAGGGAAUAUAACAAAAGGAGAUCCUCCAUAAUGUCUAACAGGCCAGAGAGGCUAACACCCCUCCUUAUCCCUCAGCAAUAUUGGAAAAGUGCACCACCGCAAAAUCCAAGGAAACUUGAUUCUAGUGAACUUCGACUAAUCACUUCCUUUUUCUGGGCGUGAGUGUUCCAUGCAUAAAAUACGAAUAACUAUACCCACUUUGCAAGUUCAAGUUGAGCACCAAAUGAACCAAAGAAUGUUACUGGGCUCCGUAAAAAGUAAAGUGCUGCAAAAAUAUUUAACUUUGCCAUUCGGAAAGAUACCAGGCAGCCUUGGUGACGGUAGGGGAGAGAACUACUGUCACUGGUCUCAUCGAGGCUUUUCUUUAACCUGCCAGUCCCAACGCCCUCAAGAUACGAUGCGUGAGGCCAGGGACACCGUAGAGAGAAGCCGGUGCCUGGGGUAGAGGCGAGAGGACCCGGGCCUCAGCUCACCUGAACACACUGCUGGUAGCGCUUGAAGAGGUCGGUGCACGGGUCCCCGGAGCAGUCCCCCUUGAGGAAUUUCUCGGCAAACCAGCGAUUGAAGCACUGGUCGUACUCACGCUUCAUGUCGGUGCAAGCCUCCCCUACACUGUUCAUGGCGUCGGCGGUGGCGGCGCUCUCGGAUGUCAUCACUUUUAAGCGCGUCGCUAGGCUUUACGAGAGGACGCACUACGGGGGCCGAGAAGGAGAGAAAUGUGGACGCGGGCAGUGUGGCUGGGCCUUCGAGCGUCGGCGGGCGGGCGCCGGGGCUUCCCCUCCAAGGCCGAUCCUCAGGGAAGCCGCCGGGUCACGGCCGAGCUGAUCGAGCACCUGGAGCGGCUAGCGCUUGUGGACUUCGGCAGCCAAGAGGCCGUGGCACGGCUGGAGAAAGCCAUCGCCUUCGCCGACCGGCUUCGCGCCGUGGACACGGACGGGGUGGAGCCCAUGGAGUCAGUUCUGGAGGACAGAUGUCUGUACUUGAGAUCCGACAAUGUGGUAGAAGGCAACUGUGCUGAAGAACUACUACAAAACUCCCAUCGCGUUGUGGAGGAGUAUUUUGUGGCUCCCCCAGGUAAUAUCUCUUGGCCAAAGCUGGAUGAAAAAGAGCCCUUCUCACACUGCUGAGUAGCUAUUCUGGGAAGGGGUGCCCUCUAAAAACGUGGAAGUGCAAUGACUAUUUUGUUACGAACACUAAUGUUCCCACUUCCUUCAGUCACCUGAAAAAAGUGAUGGUUAAGUAUCUCUUAGUAACUAACUCUUUUGAAGACAGAACUGGGAAAGAUCUAGCCAAAAUAAGGCAAAUAGUCCCUGAUGCCAACGGAAGUAGAAGGUAUUGCCAGUUUCCAAGGAAAUGGAUCAAGUGUACUCACAGGCUGUUUUGUAUGGAAGAUUUUAUCCCCUCCCCAAAAGACUGUCUACCAAACUGCAUUUAAGUGAAUUUUUCUAUUAUGUAACUGUUAGACAUUGCAUCUGAUCACUAUGUGACAACCUGAGUUGUCCUUUUCAGUUGCUGCUUCCAUUGACUUGAGCAGCCUUUUAUCUUUACUGAACACACUUAAAUUUGUUCUUGGGUACCCACUUUGCUCCAAGCAGAGGGCUGACUUCCUGCUAAGGUUAGGAGGCAGCUUUGGGAGGUGAUGGAUAUGUUUAUGGCCUUCAUGGUUGUGAUUUCAUGUGUGUAUACUUAACCCCAAACUCACUGAGUUGUAUACAUUAAAUGUACAGCUUUUUACAGGUCAACUGUAUUUCAAUAAAGUGGUCUAAAAAAAAAACUAGUCCUGGGCCUGUGACAAGGUAGGCCCCCUGCCCCAUGAUUACUGAACUGAACAGAAUCCCAAGACAGUGGCGUUUUUUGUUUGGGGGUUUGUUUUGUUUUUUAAAGCUCAGAUACCAGGGACAAAUGAGACAAAUUUAGGAGUGAAAGUGAUAGAACCAAAACUUUUUUGGUUUUUUUUUUUUCCCUAACCAACUGCCAAAGUUGGUUUUGGCUAAGAAUUUCCCAAUGAUCUUUAUGCUGGUGCCCACUUUUAAAAGUCUGUU